CACUGUUGAUUCUAGAUGAGGUAUAGUACAAGGUUCGUUACGUGGAUCAUCAUAAGGCCAAAAAAAACAAACAAACAAAAAAAAAACACUAAUAUAAACACAAAAUCUAUUAUAUUUCCAUCCAGAACUAUUAAGUUAGAUUUCUGUGAGGCUGGCAACAUGAGAUCAAGUAUGUCUUAAAUAGCCCAUGAUAAAGGUUGUUUUGGCUUAAUGAGUUUUGGGUGGUCUACCCCCCACGCCCCCCAUUACCCCAAUGUCGUCAUAGGUGCAUAAACGUUGGGUAAUGUUUUGGUUGUCCAGCAGGGUUGAUCCGGGUUUAAUUCUGCCAGACUGCCCCCCUGUGGAUAAGUAAUGAACGCAUAGAGUUUGUGCCCACCCAGCCUAGCCAGCAAGGUUACACAUUAACCGGUGCUUACUCUCUCACUCAGGGCUACUAAAGACGGCACUCUGUCCAAGGCAUGCUGCCGCUCAGCCGCCGCAUCUUACCAUGGGCGACUUCACCGACUGCAACCACUCCACAGACGACCGGGCUUUCUCAGAGGACGACAUAACUGUAGUGUUUCACAAAGUUGCCAACCAUGACGACGACGACGACGACGGUGACGGCGGCGGCGGCGGCGACGAGGAGUGCGGUGGUGAUGAGCGGACGGCGGAGCGGAUUCGUUUACAAAGUAACAGCCAUGUGUCGUUUGAUAACGGCAACGCCGAGGAGGAUGAGGAGACGGAAGGAAGCGCAAAUUCAGCCGCUGACAACGAGAGGAAGACGCUUUGUCCGCCGGCGUUUUGCUUUCAGAGCAAGCCUACAUUCCAAGGAGGAAGUGCACUCACAGCCCCAGAGAAGCAGAAGAGAUGUCCAGGCCUCGGUUUGUUCUAUGGUCUCCUAUCUACAAUCUUCUUCUCCAUCAUUGCUCUCCUGGUGAAAACCAUUCAGGGAGUCCAUGCUGUAGAGAUCAGUGCCAUUCGCUGCUUCUUUCAGAUGCUCUUUGUCACACCGUUGCUCAUCUAUCACAAAACAGGUUUCCUUGGUCCCAGGGAUAAGCGUGUGUAUCUGGUGCUGCGGGGUUUCCUCGGUUCCAACGCCAUGAUCCUUCUCUACUACGCUGUACAACAGAUGCCACUUGCAGAUGCCACUGUCAUUAUGUUCAGUAACCCUGUCUUUACCUCUCUGCUGGCCUGGAUCUUCCUGAAGGAGAGAUGUACCAUCUGGGACUGUGUCUUCACUGUUUUUACCCUCACCGGAGUCAUCCUCAUCGCCCGGCCACGCUUCCUCUUUGGCGAACGUCUCCAUGGCAUUGAGGGCAACUACACUAACCACAUCAAAGGAACUAUCGCUGCCUUUGCAGGAGCUAUUGGAGCUGCGUGCACCUUUGUUGUCCUUCGCAAGAUGGGGAAGAGUGUCCAUUACUACCUCUCUGUCUGGUACUACGCCGUUAUUGGCUUAAUCGAGUGUGUCAUUACUCUCUUCAUCCUUGGAGAGUGGACCAUUCCAAACUGCGGUCGUGACCGCUGGAUCCUGAUGCUGAUUGCUAUCUUGGGCAUUGCAGGCCAGACCUUCCUCACCAAGGCCCUGCAGAUAGAGAAGGCUGGGCCUGUGUCCCUGAUGAGGACUGUGGACGUGGUGCUGGCAUUCAUCUUCCAGUUUAUUUUCUUUAACCGAGCACCAACCUGGUGGAGCCUCGGCGGGGCACUGUGCGUGGUGGCGAGCACCAGUGGAGUAGCACUUCGGAAGUGGUACAGCAGCACUCAUAAAAGCUGAGGAGAAAUGUUGCAACAAAAUAUUCUAGCAUGACUAUUUAUUAUAUUUAGUUUAUUUUGUAAUUAUUCUUCAUCCUUUGAUUAUUCUAUAUUGUUUGCCAACUUUACCUUUAUUUCUAUCCUAUCCUGUUAUUUUUUAUUUAUAUUUAUAUGAAUAUAACUAUAAUGGAAGGAAAAGAUACAAAAAGAGUAGAUCUAAGUAGCUGCUGAGCCGUAUUCUGCCCCCCUAGAGCCCAUGAAGCUAACUUAUAGAGAUCUACUGUGUUCAGUAGAUUUUCUCUGUUUGACAGUGUGAUAAAAUAUGUGUGAAUGGGGUGAAAGUUUAAUUUCACCAUCACAAAGUUAUCUGAUUCUCAUUUUCCUCUAGAUAGCAAUGAAUGCCUAGCUGGUGACAGUGGGUAAGGAUGUCCUGUUUUCUCUUGCUCAUUAUCAUGUUGCACUUAGUGAUAUUCUUAGCACUAAACAAAAGGUCAGUCAGUUUAUGGAGUAUCAAAUGGACAGGGUUUAUUGCAUCAGGACUGUUCAGGUAAUUUUAGGUAAGCUGUCAGUCAUAGAAAACUAAACUAAAACAUUCUUGUGGAGUUGAAACUACAAACAAGUCCAGUUAAGUAGGGGAAAAAAUAUUGUUCACAUACUGAUUUUAUCAGCUCUGGUGAUGGCAGUCCAACUGCAAUCAGUUUUUAAGCCACAAUACGUGGGAAAAAAAUGUGUGAUACAAACCAAAGAGGCAACUUUUUAACAUGAGAUUUUCCACAGAUUUUGAAGCCUUAUCUGAACAAAUAAUGUCCAUGCAGUGACCUGAAAUUAUUUAUGACUACUGUCAGAUGCAAGCCUUGUAUCUCCAAAGGGUAAUAAAACAGAAGCUAGUCAUAAAUCAGCCCUGAUUGCCAUUCAGGGUUAAAGUUAUACAACCGACUGAGAGUUUUAUUGGCCCCUGACUCUUGGUAAACAUUUAUCUACAUUAAUUAUGACAACAUUGAAACUGUUAAUUUCAGGUAAAAUAAUCAAAAUACCCCACCAAAAUUAGAGUUACAGGGCUUUCACUUGAUGGAAGUGUCAUGCUUUAAGGUACUCUCAGGGAUCUGUAGUCUCAGAUAUAUAAGGUUUUUACACACACAUUGGAAUUAAUCUAAAUCUAAGCCAGAAUUGUUAUCCUUUUUUAAAAAAAAAAAAAAAAAGAAAGAGAGAAAGAAAGAAAGAAAGAAAGAAAAAAAAAACAGCUUAAUGCCCAACUUAAUUUUUCUCCAAUCUUCCCAUUAUUCUGUGACAUAUCAAAAGAUGAAAUUACUAAUGUUCUUUUAAGUGCCUUAAACAGGAAAGUGGAGCUGCUUAGGAACUGCCUGAAAAAGACUGUAGCUCCAUGCAGCAGCUCUCAGGUGUGAACACUCUCAUCAAUAUGAAUGCAAAACAGUCAGCUUUCCUUUAAUAAUCAAAACUUUAAAAAAAAAAAAAAAAAAUCAUAAUGGAAUCAAUGAUGAAGUCAAACAAAUUAAAAAAAAAAAAAAAAAAAAAGAAAGAAAUAGGCCUUGGUGUCACAUCAGGGAAUUUUCUCCCCACAAUGGCCACAUUCAUUUCUUCGUGAGGACCCAGCCUUCCCAUUAUGACAAGCACAACACAUUAUUGUAUUGCUGAAUCAGUCAGUUAGUUAAUAUUCUUUUAUUGAACAAUUUCUUUUUUGGGGGUGGGGGUGGGGGGUGUUUGCACUUUAUGUUUUCCUGAGGCUUUUUGAAGUAUCUAUGUACCUCAUGGCAAGAUAGCAAUACGAGUUUAUAAGUUUAUAUUUUUUAUCUGGUCAAUAAGCAGUUAACCAGCUGCCAUUAAAUGGAUGGCAUGGAUGAAAUGAGAAAGUGUCACAGAAAUGCCAUGAUAAUUCAAGAAAUUAAAGGAUAGUACAAAACAGAGUAGAUGAUUGCUUCAGUUAAUUACAAGUUAACAUGUGCUUGUAAAAAGACAGUUUCUUGAAUUAGCAAGAAGAACAAGAAGUGAAAUCACUGAUUGUGACUAUCAGGAGGUCUAGAGCCAGCCUCGAGUGGCUGUUCUAAGAUCACUGUAGGGGCAAAUUUGACAAGUACCAUCCACAUAAUAGGUAAUAAAGUAAGACAAAGUAUUAAACAUGUAUUUCCAAGCAACAAGAUGGUCCUUUGUGCCAACAGGAACACUGCUAUGGCAACUUGUUUCGUCGCGUUGCCCAAAAACUUGUGUGAACUUUGUGUGAUUGCAGUGCAGAACAGAUGUGAUCUUUGCACAUAGAUGUUUCUAGGAAACCAAAAUAAUUUUUCUGUCUGCAGUUGCACACAUUUGUAGUGUAACAUUUCAGUGAUAAAGCAGUUUCCCACUGUAAGACUUGUAGCAUUGAGGGAAUAUUUGGGUGCAGCAGAGUUACAGUCUGUUAUCCAGUAUUCUUAAAGUUGACCCUGCUGAUUUUCACAACACUGCUGUACCUGUUAACCUGUUGAGAACUGUCAACACUGCUGCAUCGUCAGUUACUUUCCAUUCAAUAUCCGACCUCUGAGUUUGCACAUUAUUAUUUUGUCAAGCAAAAUGUCUUAUAAGCAUUCAAAUACAUUUAAACAUCGAUUAAAAUGGGAUUAGGUAAAUGAGGAGUGGUCCUUCAGCGCAUGGCACAUGUGGUAUGCGAAUGCUAAAAUAUAGCAAUGUUCCCUUUUUUAAAGUUUUGAUGAAAGCACUUUCCUACACUGAGCUGAGUGUCUUUUCAAUUAGACUUUUUUCUCCCUUUCAGUAAUUUGCUGUGGCUUGAAAUAUUUCUCAGUUGUGCACAAUCAUUGUGGAAGUACAUUACUUUACCUAGGUUUAGCUCAUCGAGCUCUUCAUUUUCUGCCAGUAUCAUUCUCAUUAGAGAUGCACUGAUACCAUUUUUUUCACUGCUGAUAGCAAUUGUGAGUGUUAAACUUUAAGUAUCGGUCGAUACAAAGUGGUGAUCCGAUCCAUUUGCUUUUAUUGAGUAGUACAGACAUUAUAUGGCUUCAUCUCUAUAUGUUUUGAGUAAUGUAAAAUCCGUCUAUGUAAAAUAACAUGAAAAUCAGGUUGGUUUGCUUUGAUUUUACGCAUAAUCGUAGUAUCUGAUUUUAGUAUGGGGUAAGUUAAUUGAUAUCAAUACCUUAUUAUAUCCUGGUAUUAACGCCAGGUUAUAUGAGAGUAGCAUUUUUUACACAGUAUGCUGUUUGUAAAGCACUGUGGCCUUUAUUCAUUGUUCAUGGUAGAACGUUAGUCAUGUCAGAUCUUCACAUACAUUUUAUGUUGCUGUUAAUUGAUUUGCUUUAACAUUGAGUUUUUUUUUUUAUCAUUAUCAUUAUUAUUAUUAUUAUUAUUAUUUCUAUGAGUAUUGGUUAAGCUGACUUACAUGCUAGUAGUGCAAGCACAAUGUAUUGUAUUUAUAUAAAGUGCAAAAUGGUUAGUGUGUUCAUGUGUUUCAGUACCUACAAGCCUUACAAACCUACACAAAAACUCAUAGGAAUUUAUUACUAUGCUUUAACAGUAUUUAUUUUACUAUUUCUAUACUGUGUAACAUCAGAAUAUUCUAAAAUAUGUUUCUAUUCAUCUAAGAUGAUGGAUAAUAUUCUAGGAAUACAUUAUGAUUCAGAAAUAAAUUUCAUACGAGUUUCUAA